UAAAUAUUUAUCUCUCCUACUUGGGGUGAACAAUCCCCUAACACACUCAUACAAACAAAUCUACUUUUAAACGUUCUGUCUCUCGAGCAUCCGCUUGGUGUUUGUAGCUUUAGCCUGCUAGCACCGCUGGUCAGCUAAAGCUACCAACCUCUUUCACUCAUUUAUUUUCUCACUUUCUGGCUUUGCUCUUCACCUUGUACAAUGUCGCUUGCGUGUCUGUCCUUGAGUGCAGGAGAGGCAUCGAUGGAGGCGCUGGAGCUGGAGCUGGAAGCGGUGGAGUCCCAGAUUCGCUCGCUGGAGACGAAGCGAGAGGGCAUCAGGGCUCUGCUCUUAACCCGUACUCGCUCGUCUGAGGUAAGUGUCCGAUACAACGACAAUCUCCCAGUUUCUUCAACCCCGCUUGUUUCUCUGUCCAGGCCCAGCGCACCGAGGACGCGGUGCACCCAGGCGUCGUUCACGCCGACUCCCGGCUACCACGGCCCCUGGGUGCAACCGCGUAAGGUGCUUGCCAGGUCCCGGGGCAGAACGUCUCCUCCUCCGGUGUUCGAGAUCCCCACGGAGAACCGCUUCGCCCCUCUCCGCGAGACGGGUCGCGAUGUUGCCAUCAUUGGCGACUCAAUCGUCCGCCACGUCCGCUCCACUUCCUCCAAAGAUACCUACUAUCCUGAGCGCUGCCGAGAGCCUCGUUGCCGCCGUCCUCUACGUGGGGACGAACGACACCGGGCUCCGGCAGACGGAGAUCCUGAAGAAGGACUUCAGGAGCCUGAUCGAGACGGUUCGACGCACUUCGCCCGCCACGCAGAUCAUCGUUUCUGGACCGCUUCCUACCUACCGCCGAGGAAAUGAAAGGUUCAGUAGACUUUUUGCUCUGAAUGAAUGGCUAUUAACAUGGUGUGAAGAACAGAAAUUGCUCUUUGCCAAUAACUGGAAUCUUUUCUGGGAGCGUCCUAGGCUUUUCCGCGCUGACGGGCUGCACCCCAGUCGAGCUGGAGCUGAACUCCUGUCGGACAACAUCACCAGAAUACUUCGCUCUAUCUGACUAGCCCUCAGACUAUGCAGAGUCACUGAUUCGAUCCAAGACCAACGACGAGAUGAUCCCAAGGUUUCCAUAUCCUGGACCUGGCCGAAUCCUGAACAACUACUGCGAUGGUCAUGGAAGAGUGGAGAACAUAAGACUGUUUCCUAUGACGCUCCAGAGACAGACGAGUCUUCGCUGAGGCCAGCUUCCAGCCUCCGCCACUGAGACUGCAGCUCUGCACAAGACGUUUGGCCAGCGGAGAAAUUAAAAUGGUCGUGCCCUACUGAGCCUGGUUUCUCUCAAGGUUUUUUUUUUCUUCACUUCCGCCUUUAGUGAAGUUUUUUUUUCCCUCUCCGCUGUCGCCACUGGCUUGCAUGGUUCAGGAUCUGUAGAGCUGCGCAUCGUUGGAUUUGCUCUUCAAUAUUUGGACUCUCAG